AUGGCGGGCUUUAUACGAGGAAAGCAAGCCGGUAUCCAGAAUGAUCUUUCUGUUGGCAUUCUGCCAGAACUAUUCGCUCCAGACGACCAGGCGCGAUACGGAAUAAACUCUCAGAUCGGCUCCCUAGCUUACGACCCCGUACAAUCUCUCCUAGCAAUAGGCACGAACGAGUCAAAAUUUGGCAGCGGUCAAAUUUAUAUCUUCGGCCAAAAGCGCGUCCAAAUUGUCUUCACGUUAUCUCGCCGAGCCUCAGUCAAAACCUUGCAAUUCUGCUCCGACCGUCUCAUAUCUCUAGACUCCAAGAACGAAGUCACAAUAUGGGACCUGGUACAACAGAAGAAGCUGGCGGGAUAUGCGCCGCCUGGAAUCGUCACAGCGAUGGUAACCGACCCUAUGCUUGACUGGGCUUUGAUCGGGCUGCAGAACGGGGAGAUCAUUGCGUACGAUUUGGAUAGGGAAAAGCUGGCGCCCUUCCGAUUGCCGAACUUCUGGAGGGAGAGGAGUCCGAGGGCGAGACUGCUGAGUCUGGUGUCUAUGCAGCUGCAUCCGAGGGACAUUGGACAGCUGUUGAUUGGGUAUACGGAAGGGGCGGUGAUAUACUCGUUCAAGCAGAUGAAACCCAUCAAGUACUUUCACUACGAGGUGCCUGUCGGAGCGCCAGGUGGAAAUCCAGACCCUUUAUCGCAUGGCAAAGUACGGACACCGCAGCUGAACCAGGUCUUUUGGCAUCCUACGGGCACCUUCAUUGGCACUGCAUACAAUGAUGAGAGUCUAGUGUUUUGGGACCCAAAAGAUGGCCGUGUCUUGAUGGCUAGAACUUUGACAGACUCUCAUGUUAAUGAGCCCGGUCAGCAGUCCAAGAGUUUUGGAAAUACACCGGGCACAUACGCCAUCAAGGAGCCAUUCGCGAAAAUCGCUUGGUGCUGCAAAGCCAACCCAGAUGAUACUGGUCUUCUGAUUGCUGGCGGCUUCCCCAAUACUGUCCCAGAGAAGGGCAUGUCAUUCCUCGAACUAGGUCCUACUCCAAUAUACGCUACUUCGCCAUGGUCAGUAUUAUCUGCUCACUUUGAAGCGAAGAAGACGCAUCUACUGCCCACUCCCCCAGGAGCUGAGGUCAUUGACUUCUGUCUGAUUCCUCGGACAUCACCUCAUUUUGCCGGGGCUCAGGAUCCUAUCGCCGUUAUCGCAUUGUUGUCUUCGGGAGAGCUUGUCACGUUGACAUUCCCAAGUGGAUACCCCAUAUCACCUACCAAUCAAUUACAUCCUUCCGUUUCCUUUGUCCAUCCUUUCGUUACGACUAUGGCUAUGGCGCCGGUUGAUCGCACACGCUGGUUGGGCAUGAUCGAGAAUCGCCAGCAAGGCCCUCUCUUAGUACGUGGUGGUGCAGAAGGUACAAAGAACCUGCGAAGAUAUGAGUCUCGAAAUAUCCUGCAAAUGGCACACGGCGACGGCACUGUCCGAAUCUGGGACGCUGGUCACAACGAUGAAUUGGAAAACAGUGCUGUGCUACAAGUAGAUAUUGCCAGAGCCCUUGGUCCAUGCGACGAUGUCAAUAUCACUUCGCUGAGCAUGGGAGCUAGUACUGGGGAGCUGGCUGUUGGUGUUGCGACUGGGGAGGUGGUUAUCUAUCGAUGGGGAACCAACACAUACUUUGGAAGGGAGGCACCACAAUCUCCUCCGAAUGUGCCUGGUGGUAUCACAGAUAUUAGUUCUCGAGCAGAGUCUUCGCUGAAAGAAGGUUUGCAACCACUCGUGCUAUACGACCUGGGCAAGGGCCCUAUCUCAGUUGUAAAGAUAUCAGAGGUUGGCUUCGUAGCUAUCGGCUCCGAGGGGGGAUAUCUGUCAAUCAUCGAUCUCCGAGGACCAGCCGUUAUCUUCAGCGCUGACAUGGCCGAGUUCAUCAAGUCGGACAAGCGUAGCAGUUUCUUGAAGAAAGGUAGUAGCCAAACAUCAUCCCAACCUGACCGGGCAGUGGUUAUUGAAUUCGGCGUCAUGACCCUCGAAGGGGACAACUAUUCUAGCAUUGCGUGCUUUGUUGGCACAAAUCUUGGAAAGGUCAUCACACUCAAGAUUCUACCGCAGUCUAAUGGAAGUUACACUGCUCAAUUUGCUGGACUUUCAAACCUGGCCGACAAAAUCAUUUCGCUCUCUGCCAUCGUGGCCGAAACUGGAAAGCCCGCACCGGCCACUGGAGCUGCCGUCGGAGCAUUGAGAUCCGGUCAACAAACCCACGGCACACUUGUAGCUGUAUCCCAAACAGAAGUCCGCAUCUUCAAGCCAGCAACCGCCAAGGGCGCUCAUAAAAGUUUUGACAACACCCUCUGCGACGCAGCCAAUGUCGUCGACUUCGAUGGCCGUGGCCACGCCCUCGUCGGUGUCUUCGGUGAUGGUACCACAAAAGCAUAUUCCCUCCCAGCUCUCAAGGAAAUCAACGCCGCCUCACUCCCCAUGCUGGACAAGACCCGCACCACAAACUCUAUCGUGUCCUCCUCUGGCGACAUCUUCGGGUGGACAGGCCCAUCAGAGAUAGCCCUGCUCAGCGUCUGGGGCACCGGACAUCCACUCCCAAGCUCCAAUGACAAGAUCUUCAACCCUGAAGCGUUGAUCCCUGCGCGCCCCACCAUCUCCAACAUGCAAUGGAUCUCAGGAACGCAAUACGUAUCGCCCACAGACCUAGAUCUCCUCAUCGGAGGCCCCGAAAGGCCGCCGAGUAAGCGGAUGAUGGCUGCUGCUGCAGCGGAGGAUAGAGCAGCCCGCCUGGGGAGCCCAGGGUCGAGCCGAGCGCCAGGAACUACUAGUACGGAGGGCUGGGGCGACUACAUGACAAGACAACUGAAUGAGAGGACGGAGAAGCUGAAUAUUCUCGGUGACACGACGGAUAAAAUGACGGAGAAUAGUCAGGGGUGGGCGAACGAUGUGAAUAAGAUGGUCUCGAAGCAGAAGCGGAAUAUGCUUCUGGGCGGGAUCACUGGGAAGUGGUUCUAA